CCUACCCGCCUCAUCCAUUCCAUUCCAUUUCUCGCCCAAUCCACCAAAGAAGAAAACACGCAGAGAGAGUCAGGAAACACAGAUUAGCCGGGCGGUUGUCGGCUUUGGAUCUCGCGAGGGAGGAGGCGUUUGUGAAUGGUGAAGAGCGGCGAGGAGGAUCAGUGCACCCGGUCGUCGCUGUUGGGGAGGUAUGAGAUCGGGCGGACCCUCGGGGAGGGCAACUUCGGCAAGGUCAAGUACGCGCGCCACCUCGCCACCGGCGCCCACUUCGCCGUCAAGAUCCUCGAUCGCAGCAAGAUCCUCUCCCUCCGAUUCGACGACCAGAUCAGGAGGGAGAUCGGGACAUUGAAGCUUCUCAAGCACCCCAAUGUCGUCUGCUUGCAUGAGGUUGCGGCUAGCAAAACAAAGAUUUACAUGGUGCUAGAGUUCGUGAAUGGGGGCGAGCUCUUUGACAAGAUCGCCAUCAAAGGAAAACUUUCGGAACAAGAAGGAAGAAGGCUGUUUCAGCAGCUAAUUGAUGGUUUGGCCUACUGCCACGAUAAAGGUGUCUACCACAGAGACCUUAAGCCGGAAAAUGUUCUUGUCGACCGAAAAGGCAACAUAAAGAUCUCCGACUUUGGUCUCAGUGCUUUGCCUCAACAUCUUGGGACUGAUGGAUUGUUGCAUACAACAUGUGGCAGCCCUAAUUACAUUGCUCCAGAGGUUUUGCAAAAUAGAGGUUAUGAUGGCUCCUUGUCAGAUAUCUGGUCUUGCGGAGUAAUUCUUUACGUAAUGCUGGUUGGAUACCUUCCAUUCGAUGACCGGAAUCUUGUUGUCCUUUAUCAAAAGAUUUUCAAGGGAGAUAUGCAGAUCCCCAAGUGGCUGUCGCCGGCUGCACAGGAUCUUCUUCGUAAGAUUCUUGAACCAAACCCGUUGAAGAGGAUUACCAUUGCAGGGAUCAAAGAACAUGCAUGGUUUCGGAAGAACUAUGUUCCUGCUGCUCCAUACGAUGAUGAUGAUGAUGAUGAUAUAAAUCUCGGUCCAGUUCUCUCAAAGAAAGAGCAAAUUGAUGAAGCCGGACAGGAAAAGCCUACUCAUAUCAACGCUUUUCAGUUGAUCGGGAUGGCGUCUUCCCUUGAUCUAUCAGGUUUCUUUGAGGAAGAGGAUGUGUCUCAAAGAAAGAUACGAUUCACAUCCAUACAUUCACCCAAGGAUUUGUUUGACAAGAUCGAGAAUGUCGUGACAGUGAUGGGAUUCCAAGCUCAGAGGGGGCAUAAUAAGCUCAAAGUCACGAAGUGUAAAAAUCCAAAGAACGCAAGAGAUCCAUCAUCAUUCCUUGCCUGUGCUGAGGUGUUUGAACUGGGGCCGUCACUGUAUGUUGUUGAGCUGAAGAAAUCCCAUGGAGAUCGUACACUGUAUAGAGAGCUGUGCGAGAAGCUAUCUGAUGAGCUGGGGGUGUGCAAGGAGCAGAUAACGCAAUCUCUGGACUCUGAUCUAGCGAGCUUCAACGGAGGAUCACCUCUCUCGGGUUUCUGAGAAACGGGGAAUGAGGAAAAUUCUCAUUUCCUGAAAAUUCUUGCUAUAGGCGUAGCUUAGGAUCAUGCAGAUAGUGUACAAAGAAAGUGGUGCAAAUUAUCUAACGAGUUGAAAUAUAAAGAAGUGAUUCAAUUCUUGUC